GGACCACGUGCUAGUGUUUUCGCAACUCGAUCGUUUUCUCGCGAUACUUUAUACUCCGUUCCAUAUUCCGGACAGAUUAGGUUGUCUGGUGAGGUGCGGACUUCAUCCUCUGUUAUGACUCGUGAGGAGACAUGGAGUGAGUUUUGUUCAGUCGCUAGCGUCAGACUAUCUAUUGAAGCACUUCAGCUGUUCAAGGCCUAUUUAAAUGAUAAUCGUCAUGAUGACAAACCUGGUUGUGGUUUGGAGUUUUUGGAAAUUAUAUUUAAAAAAAUGCGUCGCAAAUUUGAAACAUCUCUAUCCCCUUGCUAUUUCGUGCGGGAAAAUAAGCCUGCCGAAAUACCGUCAUCAAAAACAGGUACUGAUCUUAAAAAUACGAAUGAACGUUUGUCUUUCAAAGAAGAAAACCUAUCUAUAAACUCUUCCUCCACAGAAUUGAGUGAAAAUUUUUCUCACAUUGCAUAUGCUAACGCCAGUGCUGUGGUAGCGGCCGCACGGUCCAAGGCUGUGGCUGCCUCAGGGGUUCGCAACACUUCACCUCGUGGCAAGAGCUGUGAUACACCUUCAGAUAAAGCCUCAAAGAAUAUCUUUUCAAGAACUCGACAUUCAAGAAGUGCUCCCAACAAAAAUUCUAAUCGACAGCCUUCAGUUAACCAGCAAGAUUUUCAUCAAAAACACAACUGGCUAAGAGAGCAACAGACAAAAUUCCAUACAGAUUCGUCAAUAAACCAAGGUGUUUCGGAAAUCAAACCUAGUUGGCGCCUGAGUUCCCUCUGGCUUCGACGUAGUUUUACAAUCUCUUGGCGUCGUAGAUCACCUCUUAGUGUAGACAGUUCUGGAGGAAAAUAUGGGGGUCCUUAUCCUCGUUCUCCUGGGACUGCUGUAAGUAUGAAUGCCGAAUUAGUUCGUGAAGGUAUUGUGAUGCAAUGGCUUGGUCCACACUUUGAUUCACAUCGUCCUCGUAUUGAUUGUGAAAAGAUGAAUAAUCCUGAAGCUGGAGUUGAGAAGAAAACCACACAGUGGGCUCAGUCUCGUCUUUGUUUAUGUAGUACAAGCGCAGGCCUUAUUUUAGAAAUAUUUACUCCUCCUGAUGCUGAACAAUCCCAGUAUGGUCUGUGCUGUGGUCUUAUUUUCGACGUUCGAUUAGUCUGUCCUGAUGAGCUUACAGACCCUCGGAACAACGUUUUACUUGUUAAAACCGAAUUCGGGGACCAAAAGAUUUUUCAGUCAUCGGAUGAAAUCGAUGCCAACGAAUGGAUCACUGCUAUACGUAGUGGCUUGCCACCAUUACGCAGGAAUCCUGUUUCUCCUAAGUGUGACAUUGACCCUAGUCGUAUUGUAACUUUUGUUCGAUCUGAACGAUGCACUAACUGUGAUGCAAUUCUGGAUUCUAGUUCAAAAUCACCUUCUGAUAUACUGUCCUCAGUCCCCUUACCACCAAACAAAACUAAUGCAAAUGAAUUAUGCAUUGGAUUAGACCAUAAAAAGGUUCAUGACACAUCAGUAUUUCAUUCUACUAAUUUCAAACCACUAUGUACAGAUAACUCAGCAAACUCGACUCCUAUAUCAACAUUUGCAUGUGUUUGUAGCCAUGUCAGUAGUGUACCGGAUGUUUGGUCUGCCUCCACUAAAUCUGAUCGUCCUAUUACAAAUCAUAGUAUGAAUCUUAGUCAAUCAGAUGGAUGCACUACUACAGCGAAUAAUACUAUAUCUUCUCAUGGAUUUAUAAAACCUUCUGCUAAUGUUCUUUGUCCUACUCCAUCGCGACCUUCUACCUUCGCCUCAGGAUUUCGGCAUACAUCGCCUUCCUCUCAUCCCGUUUCAUUACACUCGAUUAGCAGACCAGAUAAAAGCAACAGGCUAUGCAGUUUGACAAACAAUACUUUACUAGAACAAAUUAAUUCACCUAAUACAAAUCAGUCAAGAGUCGAUAGUUUUCGAAGUGGAGCGUUUUCUGUUUUUAAUUCUUCAAGCAACCUGCCACGUGUUUCCUCACUAACUUCUGGUUUUGAAGAUGUAAUUGGUCACCAGCUUUCUAUUUACCCAUGGUAUCAUGGAACGCUUUCACGAGUUCGAGCCGCUAGUUAUGUAUUGGGUCAACUUUCGGAGUUUGAACAUGGUACUACACAACAGCAUCUAACUUGUCCUGAAGCUGCUGGAGUAAGUUUUAACUCUGAACAAAAUACUGCCGACUUAUCGAAUAUGCCACCUGCUUUGCCAACUACAGAUGGUGUAUUUCUUGUGCGUCAAAGUGAAACAAAACAGGGUGAAUUCGUCUUAACAUUUAGUUGUCAUGGUAAACCUAAGCACUUAAGAAUGACUUUAAGUCCAGAUGGUCAUUGUAGAGUUCAACACCUACCUUUUGAUUCAAUCGUAGAAAUGUUGGAACAUUUCCGACAAGAACCUAUUCCUUUAGAACAAACAUUAAUAUCAAAUAUGACUGAUGGUCUAUCUUCUGAUGUUUUGCCUAAUUCCACAACUUCUACUCCUACUCCUAUCACAUUGUCAGCUUAUGUUGUUAAUACUCAUUUGACAGGUAGUCGUGAACGGCUAGUUAUUUGUCGCGGCUCAGUUCGUGCUAAUUCGAAUACGGUAGGCCGAGCAGCUGCUGUAGCUGCGGCGACUGCAUCAGGUGGUAAAGCUGGACAAAAUCAAUACAUUGUCAUGUAAACAAUAAAAGUCUAUCUGAUUUAAACUAACAAUAAAGUCAAAGUAACAACCUUAACAAAAAGGUCUCCUUCAGUUUGUUUUCUUACUCUGAUCUGUUGAACUGCUUUAGCGGAGAUUUUAUUAAGGUUAUAUAUAUAUAUAUAUAUAUAAGUCCCAUGACUUUCCCAUCAGUCUUUUUCUUCAGAAUCUGUUAAAAAUUUGUGCCUUGUAAAUUAUAUAAACAAAUAUCUGGCCAAUUUAACUUACUGUUGUAUACAUACGCAGGAUAACAGUUUGCUUCCAUUUAUUUUAAAAGUUUACUGAAUAACCCGUUUUUUUUUCUUUUCACUUUGAACUCGUCCAUAUUCAUGUGAACAUGCGUAUAUCUAUUUUCUAUUUAAUAAUUUCUUUAAAUAAUUCAGAGUGCAUUUAUUAUCAAUGUAUGAAUUAUAUUUUCAAAUUGUUGAUCAUUUUAUUCUCUUCUCUACCUGAUGAAUUAUUUAUUUUUCAAUGGCUAUUAUUUUAAUCUAAUUGUUUUUUCCAUAUGUCUGUAUACAUACAUUAUGGUUGUCAUAUACUGUGCAAUAUUUUUUUUCAGUGGAUAUUAUUGUUUGAUUUUUAACUCCACUUGUCGAUGAAAUGCAUUUGAGAUAUCGCUUUAAACAAUAGUCUAAAUCAAUUGAAAUAAAGGUGACAAUUUUAAUGAAAUGCGUUUUUAAUCGCUGAAAUAUCCUCAAUAUAUUAAAACAUGUGUAUAUACAAAGAAUAUUCUUUUCAAUAAAUUCCCUACAAGUUCUACAACUGUAUAUCCA